UUUCAGCAGUAUAAUGCUGUAGCUAUAUUGGCUGCAUGACCAUUUGCCCUUUUAUCAAAUAAAAUGAGAGGCCAGCCUUCGAGUUUUUUACAGGAAAAUCCAGGAAGGAAAUGUGACCACUGCCUGGCUACAGUACUGUACUGCGUAAUUUAGCUACCGUAGCGCAUGCGACUAGCUGGUGAGGCGACCAAAUGAUUUAGCAGCUAGCGUAGGGCUCUACCGGAUGUCAUGCUUAAAAUAAGGUUUCAGAAAUAUGUAUGUAUUUGUUUAAACAAAUUCAGUCAAAUCGCGUAUGCCGUUAGGCAUUCGAAGUAAAGGCUGCGUGUCUUUGUAUCACUUUGUCAGACUCGUUCAGUUGCUUCGUCGGGAGACUGCACGAGCGCUUUGCUAGGUUUUACAUAGCCAUACAACUUGCUAACUGUUGUUAGUUAGCUUUUCGUUGCAAUUGUAUACGUAGCUUAACCAGCUAACUUGCAUUAGCUAAUAAUCAAGCUAAUAAAUAAGUUAGCUGACCCGCUCAGUCGUGUGAAACCAGUUUGAGGUAAAUCUAGACAAACCUGUCUGUGGAGAUGUCCAAGGCUCCAGAUUCACCCGCGCGGACCCGCUCUCGAUCAGAGUCCCAAUCUCGAUCCAGGUCGUACACUCGGUCUCGCUCCAGAAGCCGCUCCAGAUCCAGGAAGCACCGAUACAGUUCCAGGUCUCGUUCCCGCUCCAGAUCUCACUCACCGUCCCAUGGCAGGAACUACCCAACCAGAGACUACCAAAACAACCGGGGUUACCAAAGGGGCUAUAACCGAGGCUAUCGUAGACCCUUCUACUUUCGUGGCAGAACCCGGGGCUUCUACCCACGCCGCGGCUACCAGAGGGGAGGCAACAGCUACGGAUACAGAGUCAACAAUUGGCAGGGGGGCUACCGAGACGGGCCAUACCACGACCAGGACCACCAUGGUCCGCACAGCCCCAGGAGAGGUCGUUCCCGUACCCCACGGAAACGUUCUGGCAGUCGCAGCCACUCCCGGCACUCCGAUCGCUCUUCCUCUAGGGGUUCCCAAAGGUCCCGGGGGAGACACAGCUCCUCAUCGCGCUCCUCCUCCCCGCGGAAUCAGCACAGCAGCCCCGGCUCAGGGAAGCCCGUCUCCAAGGACGUGAAGGACAACAGGCCCGCGGUCCCAGAAACCAAGCGGGAGAGGGGAGCGGGGGAUGCUGAUCAAGCAACAGGAAAGCAGCAGGAAAGGGGAGAAGGCAGUGGUCACGAUAAGGCCUCUGGGAAAUGGCAGGGUCUUAGUGACUAUGAUGCCAGCCCCAAGCGAGGCAGUCCAGCUGUUGGUGCCAACCCAGGGAAGGCUGACACCAAAGGGCCGUUGUGGAGAACCAUCGGCGGCACUGGCAGUGCUAACUUAACCAAGAGCCCACCGGGCUCUGCCAAGCCUGGCCCUACUGCCUCCUUCAGCGGGUUUGGCUUCUUUGGCAAGGAAGAUCAAACCGGGGCGGACGAUAAGACUGCCAUUUCUUCUGCUUUCAAAAAGUUCCUGGCAGAGAACAAGAGCAAAAAACAGGCAGAGGCUGAUUGGGAGAAUGGUCGGGACAGGGACCAGAGCCCCGUCAGUGCAGAAACCAGAGAAAAGGGCAACAGUAAGACCAGCAGUGGCCUCUUUAAUAUAACCGCUGCGUCCUUUAGCUCCAAGGCAGACACGUCCCUGCCCUUCCUCGAUAGAGCCGAAGAGGCUUUCCUCAAGUCACAGGCUGCUGGUCGAGAACGAGACAGGGAUGUGGGCGAGGAUGCCAAGCCCAAGGGAGCCACCCUGACCACACGAGACGUGUUUGGGAAGUGGGAGGAUGAGCCCCAUUACUACUCCUCAGCUGGGAAAGACAAGGACCGGCGGAGGGACGAAGAUGUGGAGGAAGACCUGGAGCACAUGGCUGAGGAGCUCUACCGUAGCCGCAAGCAGGCCUCCAAGAAAGAGGAGAAGUCCAAGAGGAAGAAGGAGAAGGUCAGCAGGAGUAGUCCGUCCCCUGUCACAGUGUCCUCCAGGGGCUCCGGGAGCAGGGAGAAAGACCGGCCCCUGGCCCUGUUCCCUGCCGCUAUGGUUGAGUCACCGUCGUCAAGGCCUGUUGGAAAGAGGGAAGACUUUGAGCUCAGUAUCAGCCCCUUCGAUGAGCUGCCCAGCUCCUCCUUGGGUCUGACCAAGGAGCGUCGUGUGUCUCGUGAUCAGGUUCAUUCCGCUAAGAAAGAUCACGGAGAGUUCCGCUCCAUCUUCCAGCACAUUCAGGCUGCUCAGCUCCAGCGCAGCCCCUCAGAGCUGUUUGCACAACACAUAGUCACCAUUGUGCACUACAUCAAAGCCCAACACUUCCGCUCUUCAGGCAUGACUCUUAGUGAGCGAUUUGCCAUGUACCAAAGAAAAGCAGCUGAGAUGGAAUUGAUGAAGCCAAGGAAGAGUCCAGAAAUCCACAGGAGAAUCGAUGUCUCCCCCAGUGCCUUUAAGAGGCACUCUCGCCUGUUUGAGGAGAUGGACGAGAGCAGCUACAAGGAUCAGGGUAAAAAACCUAAAGGUGACCCAAUGGACCUGCGUCUGGACAUUGAGCGACGCAAAAGGUUUUCUGGGAAGGAGCCUGGGCAGAACAAACGGGACCGGGACAGGAGCUCCGGGGGUUCCCGAGGACCCAGCCAGGAGAGGUCCUCUGAGAAAUCUUCCAAACACCACAAGAAACCCAAAAAAAUCAAGAAGAAGCGCGAUCGCUCUCCAUCCUCCUCCUCUUCCUCCUCUUCACCCUCUCCCUCCCCCUUCAGGGGAGGGUGCAGAGGUAAGGAGCACAUGAUGGGGGAGGACAUGGAGCAUAUGGAUGAGGGCUACAGUAAGCCUCGUUUUGGGCCCCGGGACUAUGGUGGCCCCGUGGAUCGAGGCGCCCCUCGGGACUACGAGGGCCAGGUGGAGAGGGGCCGAGGACGUGGAGGAUUUUUCCCAAGGGUGAGAGGAGGAUGGGGCUGGAACAGGGGCGGUUACCCAGGAAACAACAGCAACAACGGCAACCGGGAACCCCCUCCUAGUAUGAACAGCGCCCCCCCAGAGCGCCCCCAAGAUGAGGAGUGGGACCCAGAGUAUACCCCUAAGAGUAGGAAAUACUACUUUCAUGAUGACCGAGAAGGAGAGAAGACUUGGCUGGAGAGCCGUGGGCGAGGCAGAGGAGCCUUCCCUCGCAGCAGGGGGCGCUUCAUCUACCGCAAGGGGGGCAGCAGCCCCAACAAGUGGACUCAUGACAUGUUCCAGGGUGGCGGGGAGGAGGGGGGCGAUCAUGGGGAGGAGGAACGCACGGAGAUGGAACAUAAAGACAACAACCAGGCUGGAGACGACUCCGUGUCCACCAAGCUGCAGUAGACCCUCCUCCACUUCCAUUCUCCUCAUCCGUCCUCCUUGUCCAUCCUCAGCUACAGGAGGGUUCUGUACGUGUGAGAAUGCACAUGAUACGGUUGUUUUUAUUGUUGCGCAAAGACCCCCUUCUUCAGUAAAGGGUUGAAGAGAUGUUAGUAAAUUGACUCAAGCCACUUUCAAUAGGGGUUAUGGAUGUUUUUAUUUUGUGGAAUUUGAUAUAAGAGCAAGAUACUUUUAUUUUAAUUUAAUUUGAAUUACUACAAUUUUGUCUUGUUUGUUUCUGGGUGGUUUUUUUAUAUUUAAAGAGGCACUUUUGUUUGCAUUUAGUAUAUAUGUGCUGGUUAUUUUGCAAACAACAGCAGACUUUGCAGUCUCCUGGGUCCUCUAAAAUAGUGAUCAUUUCACUUUGAUUUAAAACCGAGGACAUAGUAAUUUCCCUCGUAUUUGAAACAACAAAUGCAUUUGUGCCUUAAUUGAUUCAUAUUGAUGUGUGUAUUGCUCUAUAUAGUUUUUGUUUUUUAUUAACACGCCUUUAACCAAAAAGUUCUGGGCAGUGCUAGGUUUCCUGAGUGUAUUUGAAAAAUGGUUAACUCCCCACCCCAUGGGACCAAUUGUCAUUGUUGGUACUGGGUUUGUAAUUCACCAUUACAGUUCUUCCACACACUAGUGAAAAUGACCAGUAUUGGUGCAUUAAAGACAACUCAGAACUAUUUUCAAUUUGGAAAAUUACCUGAAUUUCCCACCAGGAAAGUAUCAGAAUAAACAGCUAAACACUAAGUUGAGCUACUGACUUGAUAUGAAUGCACCAGAUGUCCUUCCCUAUUUAGUAGUUUUCAGCAAUACCUUAGAGCCUAACUUACCUAUAGUCUUCACCAAAACCCUUCUACUUCUUGGGUGGCCGAGGUGUUGUGUUCUGUUACCCCAUUUGUCGUUUUUGUUUUAUAGCAUCAAAAAGAUUUUCACUGUGUAAAAUGAAUGGACUGCAAUGAAAAGUUUCAAAGCUGACAACUUGUAGGUGUAUGUUUGCGUGCUUCUGACUGUCAUAUCGUUUUUGGUAUAUCACUAGAUUUUAAAAGUGAAUAUAAUUAGAGGAAAAAUGUUGUAAGAAAAGUUGAGGAUAUUGAUGUUUAAAUAAAAUACUGAUGAUCUUAUGGUUUUCCUAAAAUGUUAAAACAAACUUGCAGUUCCUUUUUACGGGCUUAAUCAUUUGUCCUUCCAUAAGGUUAUACAUAUCAAAAGGUAGACCUGUACUAUUGAGAUUAUGGCACAAGAUAAGUGAAGUACAGAAUGUUUCUCUCUGUGGUAAAACUGAUGUUGUGAAUACAGGUAAGGUAAACUAAAGAUACAAGUUUUUGUGAGAUUUGGUACAGUGCUGUCCACUGUGGUCUACCAAUGACUGGUAUGUGUCUAUAGUGUAUGAAUCAAACAAAACUGUAGGACUGUGAUUAUAUUUGUUUCUAUUUAACACUUGGGGGUGGUGGUAUGUAUUUUCUACUGUUCUCUGAGAUUUGGAACUAAUUCUUUCAUUUUCAAUAAAUUAAAAAUUCUCUGGUUCACUUGA